CCUUUUUUUUUUGGGUGAACGCAAAGUAUUUAUGCCGUCUCUUCCCAUAAUCGUCCUCUGCUACUGAACUUCGAAGCAGAGUCUCUCCUUCUCUCUCUUCUCUUCUCGCCGGCAAUCAUGGCGACGGAGACGAAACUACCCACGGUUAGAGUCUCCAACAUUCCCCAGACCAUCGUGGCCGAUGAUCUCCUCCGCUUCCUUGAGCUCCAAAUCGGCGACGAUACCGUCUUCGCCGUCGAAAUCCCGACCGUUCACAACCGCUGGAUGCCACGCUCCUCCGGGCGCGUGCAGUUCACUUCCCUCGACGCCAAGGCCCGUGCCCUCCUCCUCUCCUCCCAGAACAGGCUCCUCUUCAAGUCCCACAACCUCAGACUUUCCGAAGCCUACGAUGACAUCAUCCCCCGACCCGUCGAUGCUCGGAACAGAAUCGAAGGCGCUGUUUUGUCGGUUGGGUUUCCGGCGGGCGAGGAAGGGCGGUUGUGCGCCGUUGAGAGAUGGGAUGGUAUCAGGUGUUGGAUCAUGGAGGAGAGAAAGAGAAUGGAACUGUGGGUUUCACACAACUGCGAAUGUUACAAGGUUGAAGUUAGGUUUGAAGAUGUAGUUGAAACCAUUGGAUGCUGCACCAAUGGCUCGUCUGAGUUGAAUGCGUGUGUUAUUAGGCUAAAAUAUGGACCAAAGAUAUACCAAAAGGUAUCGGGACCUAAUAUCGAUCCAAAGUUCAGAGCUGAUCGGUACCAUUUCUCCAAGGAAGAUUUCAACUUUAUCUGGGUUCGCACGGCUGACUUCUCAGGCAUUAGAUCGAUCGGGCAGGCAACUUGCUUUUGUUUGGAACUUGGGCAAGGCUCAAUGGUCUCGGAUAUUUUCUCAUCUUUUCCUUUUUAUAAGGAAUCCCCGAAAAAUAUGACCAUAGAAGAGGGCAAAAUGUUUGCUUCUGCAUUGGAAGUAGUUCCGCUUGUGAAUUCCGACUUGGGGAAGAAUCUGCUGUAUGAGAUCCUUUUCCGGCUCAACUCCUUAGUCCACACCCAGAAAAUUAGUCUUUUUGCUGCUUCAAAGAUGGAAUUAAUCAACAUUCUCGGUAGCUUGAGUGUGGAGACUGCAACGAUGAUUCUCCACAAAUUGAACCAGCAAAGCUCUGUUUGUUAUGACCCUGUAUCGUUUGUCAAGACUCAGUUGCAUUCACUGGUUAGAAACAUGAUCCAACCUCCUAUGUCGUCCUAUAAAAGGCUAAUUGAUGACAACAUAAUGAGUUGUCAUCGAGCUUACGUUACCCCCUCGAGGAUUUAUCUUUUGGGUCCAGAGCUCGAGAAGGCAAAUUAUGUUGUGAAACACUUUGCAGAACAUGCUUCAGAUUUUAUGAGAGUUACCUUCGUGGAGGAAGAUUGGAGUAAGCUGCCGGCAAAUGCUCUUUCGGUGAGCGUCAAGAAAGGUUUUUUCGCGAAACCCUUUAGAACCAAAAUCUAUCACAGGAUAUUGUCAAUCCUUAAAGAAGGGAUCACCAUCGGGUCCAAAAGGUUUGAGUUUCUGGCCUUCUCAGCGAGCCAACUGCGUGGAGGUUCUGUCUGGAUGUUUUCUUCUAACGAGAAGGUAAAAGCAGACGACAUUAGAGACUGGAUGGGAUGUUUCAAGAAGAUCCGAAGUGUUUCAAAAUGUGCAGCCAGGAUGGGUCAGUUGUUCAGUGCUUCUCGGCAGACCAUUGUUGUUCCUGCCCAAGACGUUGAACAUAUUCCCGACGUUGAAGUGACUACUGACGGCAUCGAUUACUGCUUCUCAGACGGCAUUGGAAAAAUCUCUAAAGCAUUUGCUCGACAAGUUGCACAAAAGUGUGAUUUGGAUCAUACCCCGUCAGCGUUUCAAAUACGCUAUGGUGGAUACAAAGGUGUUAUUGCUGUUGACCGUAAAUCCUUCAGGAAGCUGUCUCUGCGCAAUAGCAUGCUCAAGUUUGAUUCCACGAAUAGGAUGCUAAACAUCACCCGGUGGACGGAGUCAAUGCCUUGCUUCUUGAACCGGGAAAUCAUCUGCCUUUUAUCCACGCUCGGGAUAGAAGAUUCGGUUUUUGAGGCAAUGCAAGAGGGACACUUAUCUAUAAUAGGGAAAAUGCUUGAAGACCGAAAUGCAGCAUUAGAUGUUUUGCAUAAACUGGGUGGAGAAAACUCUAAGAAUAUGCUGGUUAAGAUGUUGAUGCAAGGGUAUGGCCCAAAUUCAGAACCUUUCCUCUCGAUGAUGCUCCGUGUAAACUGUGAGAGCCAGUUAUUGGAAUUAAAGAGUAGGUGCAGGAUAUUGGUCCCGAAAGGGCGGAUCUUGAUCGGCUGCCUGGAUGAAGAUGGCAAUCUGGAGUAUGGCCAAGUGUACGUUCGUGUAACCCUGACGAAAGCAGAACUAGAGUCCCGGGAUCAGAGUUUCUUCCGCAAUGUCGAUGAGAAAACAUCGAUUGUCAUCGGAAAAGUGGUGGUGACUAAAAACCCGUGCCUUCACCCCGGAGAUGUCAGAGUUCUUGAAGCGGUAUAUGAGGUCGGUUUGGAAGGAAAAGAAUUUCUUGAUUGCAUCGUCUUUCCCAAGAAGGGCGAAAGGCCUCAUCCAAAUGAAUGUUCUGGUGGCGAUCUUGACGGCGACCAAUUUUUCGUUAGCUGGGAUGAGAAGCUUAUUCCGAGUCAAACGGACCCUCCGAUGAACUACGCUGGAAGCAGACCUCGGAUAAUGGAUCAUGAAGUGAAGUUAGAGGAAAUCCACAAAUUCGUCGUUGAUUACAUGAUAAAUGACACGCUGGGCGUAAUCUCAACUGCACAUUUGAUCCAUGCGGAUCAUGACCCAGAAAAAGCCCGAAGCGAGAAAUGCCUGCAGCUAGCAAAUCUCCAUUCCAUGGCUGUGGACUUUGCCAAAACCGGAGUUCCAGCCGAGAUGCCCUUUGAUUUAAAACCAAGGGCAUUCCCUGAUUUCCUAGAACGAUCUGGGAGAUCAACAUACAUCUCGGAUUCUGUGUUUGGAAAACUUUACCGUGCGGUGAAGAACUUCUUGGCCCAGAGGAAACUUGGGGAGACUGCUGAGGUGAAGUAUGAUUCGACACUGGAAGUUAAUGGCUUGGAAGCCUUUCUGGAAACAGCAAAGAUCCACAGAGACAAGUAUGCCGGGAAAUUAAGUGAACUGAUGAAGUAUUACGAGGUUGAGACCGAGGAAGAGAUUCUUACUGGUACUCUCAGAAAUCGGGAGACAUAUCUGCAAAGAGACAGGCGUAAGUACGAUGAUAUGAAAGACAGGAUUAUGCUAUCGGUGAAGGAUUUGCAGCGAGAGGCCAAGGGAUGGUUCGAGGAAAGCUGCGGAGGGGGUGACGAGGAACGGCGAAAACUAGCGUCUGCAUGGUAUUACGUAACUUAUCAUCCAACCAAUCUUGUCGAUAGGGUGAAUUUCGUGAGCUUUCCGUGGAUCGUAGGUGAUACUUUGUUGGGGAUAAAGGCUGAGAAUGCUCCGAGGAAUGAUGUUGCGUGACGUACAAGCAAGCUAGUGAUCUAGGGUUUUGUAUGAGAACGUGUUAUAUGCAGAGACCCGACCUGACAAAUCGGUAGAUUAAGAAGUUUUCUAACUUUGUCUUGUCUGUAACUGUAAGUGCACAUCUCUGCUUAUCUAUCUAUCUUGAUUUAUAUA